AUGAAACCCAGAAACCUAACAAGAUACAUGGAAUUUCUUCUGCUAGGACUCUCAGAAGAAGCAGAGCUGCAACCCCUCAUCUUUGGAAUUUUUCUCUCCAUGUAUCUGAUCACUGUACUUGGGAAUCUAUUGAUCAUCCUGGCCAUCAGCUCAGAUUCCCACCUAAACACUCCCAUGUACUUCUUCCUCUCCAACCUGUCCUUUACAGACAUCUGCUUCACCUCCAUCACUGUCCUCAAGAUGCUUCAGAACAUUCAGACACAGACCAAAGCCAUCGCCUAUGAAGGUUGCAUCACCGAGAUGUCCUUAUUUAUACUCUUUGUAGUGUUGGAUGAUUUACUUCUGGCUGUGAUGGCCUAUGACUGCUACGUGGCCAUCUGCCACCCCCUGCACUUCACGAUCAUCAUGAACCCUCAUCUUUGUGUACUGCUGGUUCUGAUAUCCUGGAUCAUCAGUGCCCUGCAUUCCCUUAUAGAAAGUGUAAUGGCUUUGUGUCUGGCCUUCUGUACCAACUUGAAAAUUCCCCACGUUUUCUGUGAACUUAAACAGAUGGUUCAGCUUGCCUGUACUGAUGCUUUUCUAAAUAUCUUGGUCAUGAGUUUUGCAACUGGGCUUUUGGAUGGUGGCCCCCUGGCUGGGAUUCUUUACUCCUACACGAAGAUCGUGUCCUCCAUCCAUAGAAUCUCAUCAACCCAAGGGAAGUAUGAAGCCUUUUUCACUUGUACGUCUCACCUCAUGGUUGUCUCCUUGUUUUAUCGUAAGGGCAUUGGAGUGUACCUGAGUUCGGCUGUUCCGCACAGCUCACACACAAGUGCAAUCGCUUCUGUGAAGUACACUGUGGUCACCCCCAUGCUGAACCCUUUCAUCUACAGCCUCAGCAAUAAAGACAUUAAGAGAGCCUUGAGAAGUCUGGGUCAGAAGCAAUGA